AUGGAUCGCUUUACUCGAACGAAUGGCGGCGAUGCGCUGCCGAUCUACCACAACUCCCCUGUGCCUGCGCAGCUCACCAUAUCUCAGGCCGGUGACCGCCCCCCAUCUACCUCACCACGGACGACGUCUGCACAAUCAAGAAGCAUUGCCAACGAAUAUUCUUACCAAAGCCCCGCCGAAGUCGCAUCUCGAUUAAAUACGUCGUUAACUCAAGGCCUGACGGCUGCGGAGGCCCUUUCAAGGCUACGCGACUAUGGCCCAAACGAAAUACCUCACGCCGAGCCUGAGCCAUUAUGGUUGCGGUUUCUCGGGCAGUUCAAAGAGCCCCUGAUUGUCUUGCUGCUGUGCUCGGCUGGGCUGUCAUUGCUGGUAGGAAACAUGGACGACGCUGUCAGCAUCACAGUGGCGGUGACCAUUGUGAUUAGUGUGGGGUUCUUGCAAGAAUAUCGUUCCGAAAAGUCUAUCGAGGCACUCAACCACCUGGUUCCGAACCAUGCGCAUCUUGUGCGGAAACAAACAUCGGGUACGACCCCUGGGGCCCGCACCCCAAACGAACCGACGGCCGGCGCUUCAGGAUUAGCGACGCCCGAGGAGGAGGUUCUCGAGGCUACUUCAUCAAAAGUCAUGGCCGCCCAGCUUGUACCUGGUGACCUCGUUCUCUUCACCACUGGCGAUCGUAUCCCUGCCGACAUUCGAGUCACCAAAGCUGCGGACUUGACCAUCGACGCCUCGAACCUCACAGGAGAGAAUGCACCUGUCAGGAUCACAGCAGAUGCUCGCCCCCGCCAAGGCUUCGCAUCACCUGCCCCAGGCGAUGCCAGCCUUCAGCUGCCUCGUCCAACUUUUGCGGCAGGCAAUGCGGACGACAAGGGUCAAAAUAUUGCGUACAUGGGAACACUGGUAAAAUCCGGACAUGGACAAGGAAUUGUGUUUGCGACUGGAGGUGAUACGCACUUUGGCACUAUUGCCACCAGUGUCUCUGGAACUGAAAGCCCGCGGUCCCCUCUCCAGCUCUCCAUGGACGACCUAGGAGGCCAGCUGACACGCAUGUCGUUUGGAAUCAUUGGUCUGAUCUCCAUAUUUGGAUGGUUGCAGGGAAAGAACCUGCUUGAAAUAUUCACCAUCUCCGUCUCACUGGCUGUUGCGGCUAUUCCUGAAGGUCUUCCCAUCAUUGUCACGGUCACCCUGGCUUUGGGUGUUCACCGGAUGGCUAAACACAACGCCAUUGUCCGUCGGAUGCCGAAAGUUGAGACGCUGGGUUCUGUGAAUGUGGUCUGCACAGACAAAACGGGAACACUGACAACGAAUCAUAUGACAACGACCAAGAUUUGGACAUUUGGCAAUGACGAUGCCUUCAAUGUUGAUUCGGACGAAGAAUUGACGGGAAAGGAGCCCGACGCUGCCACCCACAGGAUCUUGCGCAUUGGCAACAUUGCCAACAAUGCCCGUCCUGCGAGAAAUCACAAUGAAAAUGGACCUGCUGCCAGAGCCGUCUUUUCCUCCACGCAACAUAGAGGUCAAGGGUCGUCAUCAUACACCCGUUGGGUAGGACAACCCACAGAUGUUGCUAUGCUUGACCUGUUGGAUCGGUUCAGUUUACAUGACGUCCGUGACUCCCUUGGACCUCGAGUUGCUGAGACGCCAUUCAGCUCUGAGCGCAAGUGGAUGGGCGUCGUCAUUGCAGACGGAGAUAAGGAACAUGCAUAUAUGAAGGGCGCGAUUGAUCGAGUCCUCGACACUUGCGAUACAUACGUGACAGAUGAUGGGCGGGAGUUCGUCAUGGAUGCUGGUCGCAGGGAAGAGGCUAUACAGGCAGCCGAGAAGAUGGCUAGGCAAGGCCUCCGUGUCCUUGCUUUUGCCAAUGGUCCGGUAAAUAAGUCUGCUAGGAGCAAGGCUGCCAGGAGCACCACUCCGAAUGGCCGGGAAAGUCCAAAUGCUGUUGGUGCUGUUGAAGAGCAGUACCGGGGACUUACUUUUGCCGGACUUGUAGGCAUGAGUGAUCCCCCUCGACCUGGUGUCGGCCGCUCUAUCAGAAAACUGAUGCGAGGCUGUGUCAAGGUUAUCAUGAUUACUGGCGACGGCGAAUCAACCGCUUUGGCGAUUGGCAAGCAAUUGGGAAUGGCGGUCGCCGUUCCCACAGAACACUCUUCGAAUCAGAUCACCGUCAAGCCAGUAUUGCGGGGUGAUGAGCUUGACGAGAUGUCCGAUGAAGAUCUUGCUCGAGCUUUGGAUCACACCACUAUCUUUGCCCGCACCACCCCCGAACACAAAAUGAAGAUCAUUCGCGCUCUCCAGUCUCGUGGUGAUAUUGUCGCCAUGACGGGAGAUGGAGUCAACGAUGCACCUGCCCUCAAAAAGGCGGAUAUCGGCAUUGCCAUGGGCAUGCAUGGAACUGACGUCGCCAAAGAGGCGGCUGAUAUGAUUCUAACGGACGACGAUUUCUCUACUAUUCUUCACGCUAUCGAGGAGGGCAAGGCCAUCUUCAACAAUAUUCAGAACUUCCUCACCUUCCAGCUGAGCACAAGCGCGGCCGGCCUCUCUCUUGUCUUGAUCUGCACCGCUUUGGGGUUCAAGUCUCCAUUGAACGCGAUGCAGAUUCUGUGGAUCAACAUCAUAAUGGAUGGGCCUCCGGCGCAAUCCCUCGGCGUCGAAGCUGUAGACAAGGACGUUAUGAACCGCCCUCCCCGCCGCCGUAACGACGCGGUCCUUACUCGCCCGUUGGUUUCUCGCGUGUUGACCCAAGCGUUUGUCAUUAUGGUUGGCACGAUGCUGGUUUACACUCACGAAAUGCAAGACGGCAUCGUCACCCGUCGGGACACCACCAUGACCUUCACCGCUUUUGUCAUGUUUGACAUGUUCAACGCUCUUGCUUGCCGUUCCGAAUCGAAAUCGAUCUUGAGAGGAGAAGUUGGGCUGUUCAGCAACACUCUGUUCAACUGGGCCGUGAGCUUGAGUAUGUUGGGGCAGCUGCUGGUGAUUUACUUCCCUUGGCUGCAGGAGGUGUUCCAGACGGAGGCGCUGGGGUGGAGGGAUCUGGCGAAGCUGGUGGUGCUGUGUAGCACUGUCUUCUGGGUGGAUGAGGGGAGGAAGUGGUUGAAGUAUGGGAAGGGAAAGAUUGGGUUGGGUGGGAGGACAGGGGGUGGGUAUAGUCAGGCUGUGUGA